UUUGGGGGGGGGUGAGUGAGAGUGAAAUUUGCCAGUAUAGGAGCGAAAGUCUUCUUGAAGAAUCACAUUGAGAGCAAAACAUUUUUCCUGGUGACAUAUUUUGUUCCCACUGUGGUCCGCUGCUACUGAGAAAUUAAAAGGGAAUAAAAAUGCAUGAUAACGAGUGGGAGCAGAGCCCGGAGUCAGCCUGUGGAGCGGCGCUCAGCGGCCUCGCCGACGACCCGCCACCUGCAUACUGUUCCCUGGAGUUCAGCAGACACGCAGUCACGGAGGACUACAAGAUAACCACCCAAGUUCUUGGUCUGGGAAUCAAUGGCAAAGUGCUGGAGUGUUACUGUAAGAAAACAGGGGAGAAAUGUGCCCUCAAGAUUCUCUAUGACACUCCUAAAGCCCGACGGGAGGUUGAGCUGCACUGGCGAGCGUCUGGAGGCCCCCACAUUGUGCGAAUACUCAGCCUGUAUGAGAACAUGCACCAGGGGAAGAAAUGUCUGCUCAUUGUCAUGGAAUGUAUGGAGGGAGGGGAGCUGUUCAGUCGCAUUCAGGCCAGAGGGGACCAGGCCUUCACAGAGAGAGAGGUGUCAGAGAUCAUGCAUGACAUUGGCACAGCCAUAGAAUACCUCCACCACAUGGAUAUUGCCCACAGAGAUGUUAAGCCUGAAAACCUGCUCUAUACCACCAAGGAGAGUAACGCUACCCUGAAACUGACAGAUUUUGGCUUUGCUAAGGAGACGACACUGCACAACUCCCUACAAACCCCCUGUUACACUCCAUAUUAUGUCGCACCAGAAGUGCUUGGACCAGAGAAAUAUGACAAGUCAUGUGACAUGUGGUCUCUGGGGGUAAUCAUGUACAUUUUAUUGUGCGGGUUUCCUCCAUUCUACUCAAACACAGGGCAGGCCAUCUCUCCAGGCAUGAAACGGAGGAUCAGGUUGGGCCAGUAUGAGUUUCCAAACCCAGAGUGGGCUGAUGUUUCAGAGAAAGCCAAACAGCUCAUCGUUCAGUUACUGAAGACAGACCCCAGUGAGAGGAUGACAAUUGGGCAAUUCAUGAAUCAUCCUUGGAUUAGUCAGUCAAUGGUGGUCCCUCCAACGCCUCUGCACACUUCUUGGGUUUUGACAGAGGACAAGGAGCUCUGGGACGACGUAAAAGAGGAAAUGACCAGCGCCCUGGCCACCAUGCGCUUAGACUAUGACCAGGUAAAGAUCAAAGACCUGGACAUAUCUAACAACCCUCUGUUGAACAAGAGACGCAGGAGGCCGGUGGCCGGAGGAUCUGAUGGAGCAGAGGAAGCCGGCAGAGGGGACGGUCACGGAGGAGUAGAGUCUAACAGUCUCAGAGGGGUUACAUUCACUGAACAAAAGUAGUGUAAAAGCCAGUAUUUUUGUAUCCACAUAUUGUACUUUGUAUCAUUGCACUCAAUAGUCAAACAAUUUCAUGUAUUUUUUGAUUGUUGCUACUUGUAUUAAAUUUUGUGGUUGAA